AUGUCAACAAGACGAGAUCCAGGAAUAAGAAUAAGUAUCGAUAGGGGUGGUACAUUUACCGAUUGUAUUGGCAUGGUCCCUGUUCCAAUUUCCAAAGAAUACCCAACAGGAAGACGCGAAAUUGUAGUAAAACUUUUGAGUGUUGAUCCUCAAAAUUACCCUGACGCUCCUCGUGAAGGAAUUAGAAGAAUAUUAGAAAUUGCUACUGAAAAGCCUCACCCGAGAAAUAAACCAGUGGACACUUCUCUUAUAGAGUCAAUUCGAAUGGGAACGACCGUUGCUACUAAUGCUCUAUUAGAAAGAAAAGGAGAGAAAUGUGCACUACUGAUUACCAAAGGCUUUAAGGAUUUAUUAUUGAUUGGAAAUCAGGCUCGUCCCAAAAUAUUUGAUCUUUCCAUUCGCAAACAUGACGUUUUGUAUCAACGAGUUGUGGAAAUAGAUGAGCGUGUAAUGUUGGUUGGAGAUGAAUCAAAUCCUCCAAAUGAACUAGCGAAUGGUAGCGCUGAUAUAAUUAGAGGCAUUUCUGGAGAAUAUGUAAAGAUACUUCAAAAACCAGAUACCAACAAGAUAAAAAACGAUCUACAAUCUUUAUAUGAUGAAGGAUUUCGAAGCAUCGCGAUUUGCCUAAUGCAUUCAUACACAUUUUCAGAUCAUGAACGUUUAGUGGGUUCAAUCGCGUCUACAAUCGGAUUUACACAUAUAUCCCUUUCUUCCGCUAUAAUACCAAUGAUUAAAAUUGUACCUCGUGGUACAUCUUCAACAGCCGAUGCAUACCUAACACCAUGUAUUCGUAAAUACGUUGACGGAUUCGUUUCGGGAUUCGAUGAAAAUUUGGAAAAAAAUGCAAGACUAGAAUUUAUGCAAAGCGAUGGUGGCCUUGUACCAGUUAAUAAAUUCUCUGGGUUUAGGGCCAUACUGUCAGGACCUGCUGGUGGUGUUGUUGGCUACGCGUUAACAUCGUAUAGUAAGAGUGAGCCCGACCCGGUAAUCGGUUUUGAUAUGGGAGGUACCAGUACAGAUGUGUCUCGAUUUGCUGGUCUAUUUGAACAUGUAUUCGAAACUACUACUGCGGGAAUAACCAUCCAAGCGCCUCAACUUGAUAUAAAUACAGUUGCUGCCGGUGGUGGUUCGCAGUUGUUCUUUCGUAAUGGAAUGUUUGUUGUUGGACCAGAGGUUGAACAUGGCUCAAAUUGUUCGAGCGCCGGUGCACAACCGGGACCUACAUGUUAUAGAAAAAGAGGCCCUUUGACUAUAACUGACGCAAACCUAUUACUAGGCCGGCUAAACAUUGAUUAUUUCCCAAAAAUAUUUGGCCCUUCCGAGGAUCAACCGUUAGAUGUGGAGGCUACUCGUCUGAAAUUUCAAUCGCUCGCUGAAGAGAUUAACGCUUUUGUAGGAAAUGAUAAAAAAAUGAGUUUGGACGAGAUAGCAUAUGGAUUUAUUAAAGUUGCCAACGAAGCAAUGUGUCGUCCCAUUCGUGCUUUAACUGAAGCAAAAGGUUACGAUACUUCAAAACAUAUUCUUGCAAGUUUUGGUGGUGCUGGUGGUCAACAUGCAUGUGCAAUCGCACAAAAUUUGGGUAUCAAGAAAAUUCUAAUUCAUAGACAUAGUUCGAUAUUGUCCGCAUACGGUUUAGCGUUGGCUGAUGUUGUUCAUGAAGUUCUCGAGCCUUGUUCGAAAACUUAUUCAGAUGACUCGCUGCCGUAUUUAAUGGAAAGAAUUAAUGCUCUUUGUGAUGCAUGCACAAAAGAGCUUAAGUCGCAAGGAUUUGAUGAAUCGCGUAUUCAACAUCAUAUUUAUCUUAAUUUACGAUACCAAGGAACUGAUUUUGCAAUUAUGACUUUAAAACCCGAGGAUUCUUGGGACUUCGCUCAAACUUUUGCUUUACAAUAUAAGCAAGAAUUCGGUUUCCAUUUUCCGGAUCGAAAAAUCUUGGUAGAUGAUAUAAGGAUCCGUGGUAUUGGCAAAGGCUUUGAAAUUACUAAACAUGAUAUAUUUGAUGAAAUAAAAAGUAUUAGUCCUAUACCGGUCUUAGAAGACCAGUGUGAUAGUACGGCUCUCGUUUAUUUCGAAAAUGGACGUAUAGAAACUCCUCUUUAUCUUUUAGAGAAACUUAAAAUUGGAAAUACAAUCGCUGGACCAGCAAUGAUUAUUGACUCGACCUCAACAAUUCUCGUUGCACCAACAUGCAAUGCCUUGAUUACGACUUCGCAUGUUUUUAUUACUGUUGGGGAUGACACCAAAUCAAAAGUAACUACUGAAUCUGAUCCGAUUCAAUUAUCUAUAUUUGGCCAUCGAUUCAUGAGCAUCGCUGAGCAAAUGGGAAAUGCUUUACAAAAGACAGCAAUUUCAACAAAUAUUAAAGAGAGGUUGGAUUUUUCUUGUGCUCUUUUUGGGGCUGAUGGAGGAUUGGUCGCCAAUGCUCCACACAUCCCCGUUCAUUUGGGAAGCUUAAGUCAUACGGUUAAGUAUCAAAUAGAGUAUUACAAAGAUACAUUGGAAGACGGUGAUGUAAUUAUGACCAAUCACCCGCAAGCUGAUAUUACUGUAAUAACUCCAGUAUUCAAUGAAGGAAAAGUCGUAUUCUUUGUUGCGUCAAGAGGUCACCAUGCGGACAUCGGCGGUAUUUUACCUGGCUCUAUGCCACCGCAUUCAAAGGAAUUAUUUGAAGAAGGAGCUGCUAUAAAAUCAUUUAAACUCGUUUCGAAAGGAAAAUUUGAUAUUGAUGGUCUUACUAAUAUAUUAUUGCACGAACCCGCUCGAUAUCCAAAAUGUUCUGGGACAAGAUGUCUUCGUGAUAACAUUGCAGAUAUUAAAGCUCAAGUAGCUGCAAAUCACAAAGGCAUUGGCCUCGUGAAAGCAUUAAUCCAAGAGUAUGGUUUAGAUGUAGUUCAAGCUUAUAUGGUAUAUAUUAGGCGAAACGCCGAAUUAUCGGUCAGAAAUUUCUUGAAAAAAAUACAUCACCAAUUAGGGCAAAAUAUUUUAAAAGCAGUCGAUUACAUGGAUGAUGGAACUCCUAUUGAAUUACAGAUAACGAUUGAUGAAAAGGAUGGGUCGGCUAUAUUUGAUUUUACUGGCACUGGACCUGAAGUUUAUGCCAAUACCAAUGCACCGCCUUCAGUCACUUUCAGCGCGAUUAUAUAUUGCCUCCGCUGUCUUGUGGAUGAGAAUAUUCCAUUAAAUCAAGGUUGUCUCACUCCAAUAGAUAUUAAAAUCCCUCCAAAUUCUAUGCUAAACCCAUCUGACCAAGCAGCUGUUGUUGGUGGUAAUGUACUAACUUCACAGCGCCUUGUUGAUGUUAUUCUCAAGGCAUUCCAAGCAUGUGCCGCAAGCCAAGGAGAUUGUAAUAAUUUGACAUUUGGGAAAGAUGGGAAAGUAGUUGAUGGAAAAAUGAUUGAUGGAUGGGGAUAUUAUGAAACAAUUGCCGGAGGUAGCGGUGCUGGUGAAACUUGGGAUGGGCAGUCUGGUGUACAUGUACAUAUGACUAAUACAAGAAUAACAGAUCCAGAGAUAAUCGAACGAAGACUAGACCAUGCUGUUAUGUUACGCGAAUUUUCACUUCGUAGAGGUUCAGGUGGUAAGGGUUUGCAUAGAGGUGGCAAUGGAGUAAUCCGUGAUCUUGAAUUUCGUGAGCCGCUUCAAGUAAGCUUACUUACAGAACGAAGAGUAUUCCAUCCAUAUGGAUUAAAAGGUGGUAAAGAUGGUGCAAAGGGAUUAAAUCUUUGGAUCCGUAAAGGCAACGUUAAGGGGGGAGAUCGAGUACUUAAUUUAGGUAGUAAAAAUAGUUUUAAAGUUGGCGUGGGAGAUCGUGUUGUGAUUUGUACGCCAGGGGGUGGCGGAUGGGGAACACCAACUGAAAAAACUAAUGAUGAUAUGGACAUUGAUGAAGCAAUUUCAAGAUUUUUGUAA